AUGCGGCGGGACAGUGGCGGCUCCGUGUGGCGGAGCGGCGGAAACGACAUCUUCUCGCGCUCGUCGAGAAGAGACAUGGACGACGACGGGGAGGCACUGCGCUGGGCCACGUUAGAAAAACUGCCGACACGCGACCGCGUGCGCCGUGCCAUCAUUUUCCCGCCGCUCCCUGCUGGAGACGACGCGGGGACGGGGCAGGGGCUCGUCGACGUGGACGUGCUCAGCCUGGGCCCCGGCGAGCGGCGCGCGCUGCUGGAGCGGCUCGUGCGCGUCGCCGACGAGGACCACGAGCGCUUCCUUGUGAAGCUCAGAGAGCGCCUGGACAGGUUUGGGAUCGACAUGCCGACGAUCGAGGUGCGUUUCGAGCACCUGAACGUGGAGGCGGAGGUGCGCGUCGGCAGCAGCGGCAUACCCACCGUCCUCCACUCCAUCACCAACACGCUGGAGGAAGCAGCCACUGCGCUGCACCUACUGCGCAGCAGAAAGCGGGCGUUGCCCAUCCUCCACGACGUGAGUGGCAUCAUCAAGCCUCGCAGGCCCACCCGGAUCAGGCAAGACCACCUUGCUGCUGGCACUGGCCGGAAGGCUCGACAAAGACCUCAAGGUUUCUGGCAGAGUGUCCUACAACGGGCAUGGCAUGGAGGAAUUUGUGCCUCAGAGGACGGCUGCGUGUACAUCAGCCAACACGACCUCCAUAUCGCAGAGAUGACAGUGAGGGAGACGCUCGCCUUCUCCGCACGCUGCCAGGGUGUUGGCUUCCGCUUUGGUAAUAAUACUUCACUUGUGCCUCUUGCAUAG